AUUCUAGAAUGAUUGAGAAGUACUUGACAUUUCCUUUCAAGAUCUCUCAGAAUCUCUAUUUUCUCAUUCCAUUUUUACCCCAUUUCUCUCUUCUAUUUAACCUCCCCAUUCUCUCCUUCGUUUCUCAUUCACAAAUCGUUUUAAUCCAUUCUCGACUCUCUUAAAGCUUGGGUUAUUUUGUUUUUUGAUUUCUCUGAAUUGUGUUCUUAAUUGUCACGAACCCCUUUUCUUUUUCUGUCCAGAAAUGGCUCCUAGCUUAAGCAAAGCUAAUUCUGGUCCUGAAGGACUGGUUGUUGAGAGCUAUGAUAUUAAUCAUAGUAACCAAUUUGUAAUCUCACUUGAAGAUUCAAACCUCAAAGCCAAUGGCCAUGUCUUUCUCUCUUGUGUCCCUGAUAACAUCACACUCACUCCCUCUCGUUAUGCCCUCACAGACAAAUCAUCAACUACCGUCGGAUCUUUCAUCGGGUUCGACUCGAUGGAAUCCAAGGAUCGACAUGUUAUUUCCAUAGGAAAACUCAAGAACAUAAAGUUUAUGAGCAUUUUCAGGUUCAAGGUCUGGUGGACUACCCAUUGGGUUGGCUCUAAUGGCCGAGACCUUGAAAAUGAAACUCAAAUGCUUAUUCUUGAUAAGUCUGACUCUGGCCGUCCUUAUAUUCUACUACUCCCUCUGCUUGAGGGUCCAUUCCGGGCAUCAUUACAGCCCGGAAACGACGAUAACAUUGACAUUUGUGUCGAAAGUGGAUCGACGAAAGUGUUGGCGGCUGGAUUCCAGAGUGUUCUUUACGUGCAUAUUGGCGAUGAUCCGUACAAGUUAGUAAAGGAUGCAAUGAAAAUUGUUAAGGUUCAUUUAGGUACGUUUAAGCUGUUGGAGGAGAAAAACCCACCUGGAAUAGUCGAUAAGUUUGGGUGGUGUACAUGGGAUGCAUUUUAUCUUACUGUGCAUCCUCAAGGCAUUUGGGAAGGAGUUAAAGGUCUUGUUGAUGGUGGGUGCCCACCUGGUUUAGUGUUGAUUGAUGAUGGGUGGCAAUCUAUUAGCCAUGAUGAGGAUCCUAUUACUAAAGAAGGUAUGAAUGCUGCUGUAGCAGGCGAGCAGAUGCCAUGCAGGCUAUUGAAGUUUCAAGAAAAUUACAAAUUUAGAGACUACGUCAGUCCUAAAAGUUUGGCCAAUGGCAGUACUGAAAACAAAGGGAUGGGUGCUUUUAUUAAGGACCUUAAGGAGGAGUUUAGCAGUGUUGAUUAUGUGUAUGUUUGGCAUGCUCUCUGUGGGUAUUGGGGUGGCCUGAGGCCAAAUGUGCCUGGACUGCCGGAUACUGUGGUGGUUAAGCCAAAAUUGUCUCCGGGACUGGAGUUGACUAUGGAGGAUCUCGCGGUGGAUAAGAUUGUUAGUACUGGCGUGGGGUUGGUGCCGCCGGAGACGGUUGAGCAAAUGUAUGAAGGGCUCCACUCGCACUUGCAAAAUGUUGGAAUUGAUGGUGUCAAAGUAGACGUUAUCCAUUUGCUGGAAAUGCUGUGCGAAAACUACGGAGGGAGAGUAGACUUAGCAAAGGCAUAUUACAAGGCACUGACAGCCUCAGUAAGGAAGCAUUUCAACGGAAAUGGCGUAAUAGCUAGCAUGGAACACUGCAAUGAUUUCAUGUUCCUUGGUACUGAGGCAAUUUGUCUUGGUCGUGUUGGUGAUGAUUUCUGGUGCACUGAUCCAUCCGGUGAUCCAAACGGCACGUUUUGGCUACAGGGGUGUCACAUGGUGCACUGCGCUUACAAUAGCCUGUGGAUGGGCAACUUCAUACAUCCAGAUUGGGACAUGUUCCAAUCUACUCAUCCUUGUGCUGAAUUCCAUGCUGCUUCUCGGGCAAUUUCUGGUGGUCCGAUUUACGUCAGUGAUUCUGUUGGAAAGCACAACUUCCCUUUGCUUAAGCGUCUCGUGUUGCCCGACGGCUCCAUUCUCCGGUGCCAGUACUAUGCUCUUCCUACCAGAGAUUGCCUCUUUGAGGAUCCCCUUCACGAUGGCAAGACAAUGCUCAAAAUUUGGAACCUCAACAGGUUUACUGGAGUCAUUGGAGUAUUUAAUUGUCAAGGAGGAGGAUGGUGCCGCGAGACUAGACGCAACAAAUGUGCCUCUCAAUUUUCUCAUUUGGUGACUGCUAAAACCAAUGCUAAAGACAUUGAAUGGAAGAAUGGAACAAAUCCAAAUUCAAUUGAAGGAGUACAAGUAUUUGCAAUGUACUUAUUCAAGGCCAAGAAACUACUACUUUCUAAGCCAUAUGAAAACAUUGAAAUCGCAUUAGAACCAUUCAAUUUCGAGCUUAUUACUGUGUCGCCAGUUGUUACUUUAUCAGAAAAAUCCAUUCAAUUUGCUCCAAUUGGUCUAGUGAACAUGCUCAACACUGGAGGUGCUAUGCAGUCAUUGUCCUACAAUGCCGAUAGCUCGAUAGAAAUCGGAGUGAGAGGAGAGGGAGAGAUGAGGGUUUUUGCAUCGGAGAAACCAAGAGCUUGCAGAAUCGAUGGAAAAGAAGUUGAGUUUGAGUAUGAAGAGUGCAUGGUUGUCGUUGAAGUGCCAUGGUCUACUACUAACUCUUCCGGUGUUUCCAACGUCGAGUACUUGUUUUAGAUAUGCUUGAUGAUGAAGUGUAUAUUUGUAUCAUUCCCUCAAAUUAGGAGGAAGUAACUAAGCACUGAGAAUGAAUAUAUAAUACAAUAAAAGAUAACAUUAUUUUGUA